GAGACAGUAAAGCUCCAGCUCUCAUUUCUCUCAUCUUCAACACACUUUAACACCUCUGGUGAAGUGAGUGUACAUGAUGGAAAUAUCUGUGACGUUCCUCCUCGCUGGAUGUCUGAUACAAGGUGUUUUAUGUGGCUUCAGUAUCAGUCUGCCGGAGAGAGUAGAAGCUCUAGAAGGAUCCUGUGUUUAUAUACCCUGCACAUUCGAGAUUGAGGAAAAAUAUAAAGAUAACCUCACUGAUACUGCAAAGAGAUUAUGGUAUAAAGAUGGAAAACCUGCAGUUGUAGUGUUUGACUCCAACAGCCCCGACAGUGGACUCUUAAAAGGAGAAAUAUUUGGCAAACCUACAGAGAAAAACUGCAGCACUCGCUUCGACAAUCUCAAACCAACAGACAAUGGCUCAUAUUUCUUCAGAUUAGAAGGCAGCGGUGGACUGAAAUAUAGCUACACAAAAGAGAAACACAACCAUGUUGAAAUUGUGGUCAGAGCGUCUCCACCCAAUCCCACAGUGCUUCUGUUUCAGGAUCAGCAGGAGGUGAUGGAGGUGAUGGAGGGAAAAUCAGUGACUCUGAGCUGCUUUAAGAUCUUCUGUCCGUCUCUUCCAUCAUCUAUAACAUGGAGCUCCAGUCCUGAACACCUCAUCAAUGCAAACAUCACAGAACAUCAGCAUCAAAACCAAACACAUCAUUACUCUGAUCUGAUGUUCACUGUAACUCAACAUCAUCACAGAGCUGAAUUCACCUGCACUGCAACACAGCAGCAGAUCACAACACACAGCACCCGACAGCUACAUGUUCAGUAUGCUCCUAAAAGUGUAUCUGCUCAUGUAAGUCCAGCUGGUGUUAUUAUGGAGGGUCAUUCAGUGACUCUGAGCUGCAGCAGUGAAGCAAACCCAGCAGUGAACUACAGCUGGUACAGACACACUGAAGGAGACCUGAAACUACUGCAGACCGGACCAAACCUGAUCAUCAACAACAUCAACCAGUCUCACAGUGGACGAUACUACUGUAGAGCUGAAAACCAACACGGGACUCAGAACACAUCAGUGCUGCUGGACGUCCAGUGUGAGUAUUAA